GCUUCUGCUCUGCACUGCACUUCUGGUCUUCUGCUGCUGCUUUGGGGAUCUGUUUUGAUGUUUAGAAUUAUAGUAAAAAGGAACCAAGUAUUAUUCUAGAUAAUUUUCUUAGUUUUUAGUCUAUAUAGAAGAUACUUUAAUUUGGUGAAGAGUGCGGUUAAAAGAUUUGGUGAAAAUGAUAAAUGUAUUUAUCAACAAAGCAAAACGAACAGAUAUUCCAAAAGAUGCAGUUAUCCUGACAAAAGGGGAGGCCUUAAGAAUGCAGUGGGAUAUAAUAUCAAAUUGGAAAUCAAAAACUGAUACGUGGCCAUUUACUAUUGGUCUUGGUGUUUUAGCGAGUGUUAAUGCAGCAACUUCCCUCAAUGUAGUUCUAUACUUCAGAAAUAAGCUAAAGCUCCAGAACUACGGCAGAAUAUCAAUGGCUAUGCCAACAGUGGUUAUACCCAGUGUUCUCACUGCCGUAUCUCAUCAAUAUUUGGUCACCAACGAAAUCCUCCUGGGUGAAAGUUGCCCAUUGUGUGUCCAGACGCGAGCUGCUGCCUUACAGGUCGCAAUAGGAGCUGUCAUUCCUCUGCUGUCUACUCCGGUCGCUGCAUUCUUUUACGCUGACGCCUACAAUACGUACAAUGUACCUAAACCUGGAUUGAAAAACAUACCUCAGUUUUUUAGUCUGUGGUUAGUCCUUCUUCGAAAGAUGAAGUCAAAGUUGCCCAUUAUCAUCGGGAUAAACGCAAUCACAGCUGCUACGCUGACUUACUAUGAAGCCGACUCGUUUUACAAAAUGCAGAGUAUAAUUUAUGAGAAUGAAGAAAGGUUCAGAAGAAAUUUAGAAGAAAGUAGGUCGCAAAUCUAAGAUAAUGUCAAAACUGUACAUAGAUUCUAUUAAAUUGUUGCUAGUUUUUCUAA